UUGUAUCAUUCCUGCUUUAAUUUAUAAACAUCAGUCAUUUCAUUCUAGAUACAAAAUUAAAAAUAAACAAUUUUUUAUUAAAUUUUAAAUAUUAUACAUAAUAUUUGACUUCUAUAAAAAACAGAAAACAAGAAAAUAGUAUGCCGAAAGUAAGAAGAAGCAAAAAGGCACCUCCAGAUGGUUGGGAAUUGAUAGAACCAACAUUAGAAGAAUUAGAACAAAAAAUGCGAGAAGCCGAAACUGAACCACAUGAAGGCAAGCGUAUCAAUGAAUCACUAUGGCCGAUAUUUAAAAUACAUCAUCAAAAGACUCGAUAUAUUUACGAUUUAUUUUAUAGGAGAAAAGCUAUAAGUCGCGAAUUGUAUGAUUAUUGUAUUAGAGAAAAAAUUGCAGAUGCUAAUCUUAUAGCAAAAUGGAAAAAAUCAGGAUAUGAAAACUUAUGUUGCCUGCGUUGUAUACAAACUAGAGAUACAAAUUUUGGAACUAACUGCAUAUGCCGUGUUCCAAAAUCGAAAUUAGAAGAAGGUCGCGUUGUUGAAUGUGUUCAUUGCGGAUGCAGAGGCUGUUCUGGUUAAAUUAAUUUUCUUUUAAAUCUUCAUAUUUUUUUUAAUUUAAGAAUUUAAUACAACAAUUUUCGUGAAGCAAUUGUAUAAAAUAGAUAGUACUGAAAUAAAAGCUACGUCGAUUUAUCAAAUUUGUUAUUACAUUUGCAAAAAUAACCUAUU